AUGGCGCGACUAACACGCCGCACUGGCACGCAAAAGUCGGCGCCGUCGCAGUCACAGCAACACAGCCAAGAACAGGACGAGCUGGUGUCUUCAUCUUCUCAGGAUCGGGGUCAGGACGAGCCUCAACAAUCGCAGCAGACCCGUGGCGCUCGUGCUUCGAGAAGACGUACAACCACACACGACGAUGACGAGGAAGAUGCUCCAUCUGAUGCUGAGAUGGUAGCCGCAGCAGAGGUCGACCAAGCCGCCGCCGAAGGAAACGACAACGAUGCACAUCAACCGCCACCUUCCACCUUCUCUGCGCAAUCUGAGGCCGAUCAUAUCAAGAUCAUGCUGGCUACGGACAAUCACAUCGGCUACAUGGAGCGAGAUCCUGUCCGAGGUCAAGACUCAAUCCGCACCUUCGAGGAGAUCCUUCAGCUGGCGUUUCAGCACGACGUCGACCUGAUCUUGCUCGGCGGCGAUCUUUUCCACGAGAACAAGCCCAGUCGUGCCACCCUGCAUCAGACCAUGGCAUUGUUGCGGCAGUAUACGCUCGGCGACAAACCCAUCUCGAUCGAACUGCUGAGCGAUCCCAACGAUGGUGCGCUGCCAGGCAAGCACUUCCCAGCCAUCAACUACGAAGAUCCCAACCUCAACGUGGGCAUCCCGGUUUUCUCCAUUCACGGCAACCACGACGACCCGCAAGGUGUUGGUGAAACAGGUGCACUAUCAGCGCUCGAUUUGCUGUCCGUGUCUGGCCUCAUCAACUACUUUGGCAAAGUCGAGCUUCCAUCCGACGAUGCUGCAGCAGGCGCGUCGGCUGCCAGAACGGCACGAGGCGGCGCCUUUCAAGAAAAGGGGAUCCGCAUCAAGCCCGUCCUGCUGCAAAAGGGUCAGACGAAACUUGCCCUUUACGGCAUGGGCAACAUCAAGGACGAGCGAAUGCACUUUGAACUCCGUGCUAACCGCGUACGCAUGUAUCGUCCGCAGGAAGAGCCGGAUUCGUGGUUCAACAUCCUCUGCGUCCAUCAGAACCGCGUAGCGCACAACCCCAAGGCAUGUGUGCCGGAGACCAUGUUUGACGACUCGAUCCAUCUCGUCGUGUGGGGACACGAACACGAACAGAUGAUCCAACCCCAGCCCGUGACCGAGAAGGGGUACCACAUCACCCAGCCGGGCAGCAGCGUGGCCACGAGCCUGAGUCAGGGAGAGACGGUGGAGAAGUGCGUGGCCAUCAUCCAUGUCGAAAAGACCGACUUUUUGAUCGAGCCAAUUCCACUGCAGACGGUUCGACCGUUUGUGAUGGACGACAUGGUGCUGUCUGAAGAGCUGGAGGAUGCGGGACUGUCGUCAGAACGAAGCGAUAUCAUCAAGCUCUUGCGCAAGAGGGUCGAUGGUCUCAUCGUCCGCGCCAAGCAAGAGUUCAAGGAGCGGUACCCAGGACGCGAGAUGCCUCUCCCACUGAUUCGGCUGCGGGUCGAGUACACGAAUCAGGAGAUCAGCAACCCGCAACGGUUUGGCCAGGAGUUCGCUGGCAAAGUUGCCAAUCCCAAGGAGGUCCUCCAAUUCACCAAGCGCAAGAACGUGAGGAGCGGACGCCGCAAUCAGGAUGACAGUGCCAACGGACCGAGCGCGUACGUCGAUGUCGAGGAAGAAGGUUUGUUGUCGAUCGAGCGACUCGAAAAAGUAGACGUUGGUAAGCUCGUGCAGGAAUACCUCCAGGCACAAAACCUCGACAUUCUCAACCCGGAAGGCCUCGAAGGAGCCGUGCUCAACUUUGUCGAAAAGGACGACCGCGAAGCCAUCGACAGCUUUGUCACCAAGAUGCUCAAGAACACGGUGAAAGGCUUGGUGACGAUCGAUCCGGAAGAGUCGCGGAUCGACGGAGAGCUGGAAAGGAUCCGACAGCAGCAAUUGGAGCAGAGAAGGGAGAUGGAGAUGGACCUGGAGGAAGCGGGCGCUGCGAGGCGAAGCGGCGCAGCUACGAGGGGUAACGAUUCAGAUGACUCGAUGAUGGACGACUUGGAGCCACCUCGAACUGCUGCACCAGCUAGGGAGACCGGUAGGGGGAGAAACGCUCGUGCUGCCAAGCAAGAUGAUGAUGAGGAGGAAGACGACUUUGACGAUGGGGCGAGCGUUGCAAGCAGCACACGUAGGGGUGCCACGAGACGUGCUGCCGCUACAACCUCGACCAGUAGAGCGAAGAAAGCACCUACUGCGAGGACGCCAGCUCGAGCAUCCGCGUCAUCUUCGCGCGCCACAGCGCCUGCACCGACGUUCCUCGGUCCAGAAUCAGCUUAUGCAGAACAAGAGGAAGAAUCGGAUGUGCCCAUCGACGAGCAUGCUUCCACUCCUGCACCUCCAGCCACCAGAGGCCACGCUAGUGUGCUCGACAUGCUCAGCAGGCAAAGUGCCACUUCGAAAUCGGCGAGGGGACGAAGCAAAGCCACGGCGACGACAUCAGCAGCAGCAGCCACAGCGAGAGGUGCAGCACCAAAGCAAAGCGCACAGCGUUCGCGCCAGCGUGAGCAGCAGGAGAGUAUCCAAAUCAGCGACGACGAUGACGGAGACGCCAUCGUAGACGGAGAUGAUGACGACGAUUUCGUGGAGCCGACAACGAGUCGGACUGCUGGACGCCGUACCAGUCGUCGAUGA